UAUUUUUUAAAACAACUAUCAAAAUGCCAGCUUAUCAUUCCAGUUUCACAGAGAAAAACAAUAAUUUGGGUAAUAUGGCCCUAUUACCCUUGAAGACAUCAUAUAGAGGUCCCGCUCCACCUCUCCUUACUGUCGAAGACAUGGAUAUUAUAGACGAAGCAUUAUAUUAUUUCAAAGCAAAUGUAUUUUUUAGAACCUAUGAGAUAAAGAGUGAAGCAGAUAGAGUUUUAAUAUACAUAACUUUGUAUAUAACGGAAUGUUUAAAGAAAUUGCAAAAGUGUAUUAAUCAACAUCAGGCACAAAAUGAAAUGUAUUGCUUGGCAGUUUCAAAGUUUGAUAUUCCUGGAGAUGCAGGUUUUCCAUUAAAUUCUGUUUACGCUAAACCAAAUAAUUCAUCCGAAGCUGAUUCCAUGAGACAAUAUUUACUACAAUUACGACAAGAAACAGGACUUCGGCUUAUUGAAAAAGUUUAUGGAAGUGAUGGAAAGCCAAGCAAAUGGUGGCUAUGUUUUGCGAAAAAGAAGUUUAUGGAUAAAUCGUUAUCCGGUCCUGGUCAAUAAUAAAUUUUUUUCUUAUUAUCUAAUUUUAAGGCUUAUAUAUAUUU